CUGGGUGGCGAGGAAGGCAACGCCAUUUUCGCACAGCGUUAGUCCUACUAAAUUCGUCUCUAGUGAUGUUAGACCUAGCUGGGUAGUUAAAUUAAAUUAAAAGUAGCUCGUGUAUUUAGCUAACUUGAAAGAGCAUGUAACACCGGCGAAUAUAUGUCCUUUUUGUUUCGCAAUCUCUUGACUUACUUUGGUAUGUAGUCACCGAUGAUGCAGCGAUUAGCAAUCAUAUUCGCGGCGUGACAGCUAUGUUAAGGUUAGCUAGCUAAACUGCAUUGGUUUAGGUAUCUCCGGUCAGUAAGGAAGACAAGGGCAAGAUAUUAAAUAGUUCGCUAGGUUAGCUGAGCUAAGUUUAUAAACAGUUAAUAAUUUGGUCUUUGAGGUAUACAACAUUUCAGUUUUGAAUCAGAUUGAAGUCGGACUAACACUUUACUUUGGGGCAACGGAUGUUCAAUAGAACGGAUGCGUGAGAACAUGUCCACCAUGGUGUGUUUGAAGGAGGAGGAAGACCCUGGGGAGAAGCUGUCCCAGGAUGAGAUCAUCUCCAGGACCAAGCAGGUGAUCCAGGGCCUGGAGGCUCUGAAGCAGGAGCACAACUCUAUCUUGGAGGGUUUGCUGGGCACGCUGCGCUGCCUGAAGCAGGAAAACCAGGGUGUCCUGGUGGAGGAGAAGUCCCUCAUGAUCCGCAAGUCCCUGGAGAUGCUGGAGCUGGGCCUGAGCGAGGCACAGGUGAUGAUGGCGCUGUCGGGCCACCUGAGCUCUGUGGAGUCGGAGAAGCAGAAGCUGCGGGCACAGGUUCGUCGGCUGUGCCAGGAGAACCAGUGGCUGAGGGACGAACUGGCGGGCACCCAGCAGAAGCUGCAGAAGAGUGAGCAGAGCGUGGCUCAGCUGGAGGAGGAGAAGAAACACCUGGAGUUCAUGAACCAGCUCAAGAAGUACGAUGAGGAUCUGUCGCCAUCGGAGGAGAAGGACUCUGACUCCAGUAAAGAGAAUCUGGAUGAUCUGUUCCCAGACGACCAGGAUGACCAACCUCCUGGCAUCCAGCAGCCCCACGGUAGUGCAGCAGCAGCAGCAGCAGCCCAGCAGGGAGGCUAUGAGAUCCCGGCCCGCCUCAGGACCCUUCACAACCUGGUGAUCCAGUACGCCUCCCAGGGCCGCUACGAGGUGGCCGUGCCCCUCUGCAAACAGGCCCUGGAGGACCUGGAGAAGACCUCCGGACACAACCACCCAGACGUGGCCACCAUGCUCAACAUCCUGGCCCUGGUCUACAGGGACCAGAAUAAAUACAAAGAGGCAGCCAACCUGCUGAACGACGCCCUGGCCAUCAGGGAGAAAACUCUGGGCAGGGACCAUCCAGCGGUGGCUGCUACACUCAACAACCUGGCUGUGCUCUACGGGAAACGGGGGAAGUACAAGGAAGCGGAGCCCCUUUGCAAGCGGGCUCUGGAGAUCCGAGAGAAGGUGAAGACUAGAAGGAGGAGGCGGACGGAGGGUCUCUCUCUACAGAGUACCCCAGUAACAGGCACUAACCCUGGCUCGAGUUCAAAGGCAUCACUCUCCUCAAUAAAACUCAAUCAAUAUAUCACCCAGACCUUGCUGUCUUGUAUUCCCUGUUGAAAUCCUAUACUUUUAAUGAUGUUUACAGUAAACUCUUCAAAUUUACCUAGAAACUUCACAGGAGAGAGGAGGAGUGAGAUGUGUACACAUCCAGCAGCACAGGUUGCUUUGAAAACCUCUUACUAUUGAUCAUUCAGACAGAAACCAUCAUUCAGAGAGACUCUAGUCUACCUCAUCAGUAAGCCUCUGUCAGUCACUGCAUAGAAGGGAGGGAAGGGCACUCUUUCCCUGCUAAUGAGCAGUGUGUCUCACUCCUAACUCCCAGUCUCUCUCUGUGUCUCUCUGAGUCAGACAGAGAGACAGCGUUAGCCCUCUGCUCCAUUCUCUGUCCUCACCCAACCCAUUUGUGAUGCCUCUCCUCCAGCUCUGCUCUGACUUCACCCUCUUAUUCUCUUAUGAUAUUUAGCCUAACCAGUAAACAAAGGUCAGAAGUGAGAUUGUUCUUCAAUCCAAAGUAAUGGGGAUGGCGUCCAGUGUUUUCCAUAAGCAGCGGCUGUCGGCUAAUCAGCCGGUUACAGACCCAUUUUCAGCCAGCUACAUUUUCCACUUCUUCAUUUGAACUAGGCUACUUUUCAUUUAAAAGUUUGAAUUCAUUAGUCCGUCGAGCCCUCUCCCGCUAAAAUGAACUAUAUGCAUCUUCUAGCGAUCUAUUGAUGGGACAGGCGCCUGUCGUUCACAAAGCGAGCAAUGACAGGGAAACGCAGCAGAUAGGAAGAGGUGAAGCGAAAGGAUUCAAUCGCGCCAAAAUAUAUCCGGAAUAAGCCCGGUACGUUUCUAUGGGCUUAUGGUGGACCUAAGCUUGUCGCCUGCCUUUCAGUCUUUGGGACAACGACUCCCAUUGUUAGGGUGGAGACAUGAGUAUCUUGUCAUUAUAUCCAGAUCUCUGGUUGCAGUCAAAUUCCUUUACAUGGAGGAGGGAGAGGAAGCAUGAAGCUUGUGAAUAUGCACGUCCCAUGUAAUGUACAGUGCGUUCGGAAAGUAUUCAGACCCCUUGACUUUUCACAUUUUGUUACGUUAGCCUAAAAUUGAUUAAAUAUUGGAUUAAAUAGUCCCCCCCAUCAAUCUAAACACAAUACCCCAUAAUGACAAAGCAAAAUCAGGUUUUUAGAAUAGUUUUUUACAUUUUAAUACAUUUGAAAACAAUCAGUUACAUAAGUAUUCAGACCCUUUACUCAGUACUUUGUUGAAGCACAUUUGCCAGUUAUUACAGCCUUGAGUCUUCUUGGGUAUGACGCUACAAGCUUGGCACACCUGUAUUUGGGGAGUUUCUUCCAUUCUUCUCUGCAGAUCCUCAAGCUCUGUCAGGUUGAAUGGGGAGCGUCGCUGCUCAGCUAUUUUUAGGUCUCUCCAGAGAUGUUUAAUCAGGUUCAAGUCCGGGCUCUGGCUGGGCCACUCAGGGACAUUCAGAGACUUGUCCCGAAGCCACCCCUUUGUUGUCUCGGCUGUGUGCUUAGGGUUGUUGUCCUGUUGGAAAGUGAACCUUCGUUCCAGUCUGAGGUACUGAGCGCUCUGGAGCAGGUUUUCAUCAAGGAACGCUCUGUACUUUGAGCCAUUCUUUUUUUCUUCGAUCCUGACCAGAGUCCUAGUCCCUGCCGCUGAAAAACAUCCCCACAGCAUGAUCUUGCCACCACCAUGCUUCACCGAAGGGAAGGUGCCAGGUUUAUGCCAGACGUGACUCUUGGCAUUCAGGCCAAAUAGUUCAAUCUUGGUUUCAUCAGACCAGAGCAUCUUGUUUCUCAUGGUCAGAGUCCUUUAGGUUCCUUUUGGCAAACUCCAAGUGGGCUGACAUUUGCCUUUUACUGAAGAGUGGCCUCUGUCUGGCCAAUACCGUAAAGGCCUGAUUGGUAGAGUGCUGCAGAGAUGGUUGUCCAUCUCCUCAGAGGAAUCCUGGCGCUCUAGGAAGAGUCUUGGUGGUUCCAAACUUCUUCCAUUUAAGAAUGAUGGAGGCCACUCUGUUAUUGGGGACCUCCAUGCUGCCAAAAUAUUUUGGUACCCUUCCCCAUAUCUGUGCAUCGACACAUUCCUGUCUCGAAGCUCUACGGACAAUUCUUCUACCUCAUGGCUUGGUUUUUGCUCUGAUAUGCACUGUCAACUGUGGGACCUUGUAUAGAUAGGUGUGUGUGCUUUUCCAAAUCAUGUCCAAUCAAUUAAAUGUACAACAGAUGGACUCCAAUCAAGUUGUAGAAACAUCAAGGAUGAUCAAUGGAAACAGGAUGUACCUGAGCUUAAUUUCAAGUUUCAUAGCAAGGUUCUGAAUACUUAUGUAAAUUAGGCAUCUGUUUUUUUAUUUUUAAUACAUUUGCAAAAAUAUCUAAACCUGUUUUUGCAUUGUGUGUGUGUAGGUUGAGGAGCUUUUUUUUCAUUAAAACAAAAAAAAUCAAUUUUAGAAUAAGCCUGUAACGUAAUAAAAUGUGGAAAAAUGGAAACCUGGAAAACUAUAUCCUUUAAUUUGUUUUCCAAAUAUUGUGGGCUGUUUACUUCAUUUUUCUGUUUUAAUAAAAUACAGUACCAGUCAA